UCCCUCUGCAGUUUGCGGGGGUAAGUCAGAGGAUCUCGUUCGGGUAAUUAGGGUAACCCCCCGGCGUCGAUUAGGAAUUGGCAGAAGUAUCCGUUCAUGACUCUGUUUCUCUCUCCAAAAGAAAAUCUCUGUGCGCCGCCCCUGUCUCCUUACUAUCAAUCCAAGCCAAUCCAAUACAAUCGAUACAGGUUGGUUCUGCCUGCGUGCUGGAAUCAUAGGCGCUCUGUUUGCUGUGCUGGUCGGCGCCAGCAAGGAAGAGGAGUGUGAGAUUCUUGCUCUGUCCGUGUUGAUUUCAGAAGUAUAAACAUCCAUGAGUCGGCGUUUUGUGAAUCUGGUGGUGAAGAAAUUGAGCAGCAUUCGCCCCGUCUUCAACCUGCACCGCAUCGAUCCGGCAGGCUUAUUCCACCCAGCAGGAUCACCAAAACUAGCAGAUGCAGCAGCAGCAGUGCAUAAAUGUCCAGAUCCCGGUCGGCUGCCCCCCGCCGCCAUAUCCUUCCCGUUGAACAAAGCCGAGUGGAUGCGUAUCCACUUCAUGGCCUUGAACAAGGACGUCGUCAUUGCCGUCGACCACAUGGGCCGCACCGUCGCCUACGACGCCGCUCUUGGAACCGUCCGCAGCAUGAAUGCAACGCAACGCCCCGACUGGAGCCCCAUCUCCAUCACCGUCGGCAACGGCCUCUACACCCUGUCCAUCCACCAUCGACCGCCGCCCAUAGGGAACUCUUUCCAGGUUCUGAGCUACGGCCGCCCGCUUGGCUACUGCUGGCCGGAGGACUGGAACUGGCGCCCCCUCCAGCCGCCUCCCCUCGAGUACCACAAGUACGUCCACAACUACCUGGAGGCUCCACACCACCCGUGUGCCAUCCGUGCCUGGGCGGUGGUUCGGGAUUCCCAGAUAUGGAUAUCCACGGAGGGCGCCGGAACUUACUCCUUCGACACACAGACGGGCACCUGGAGCAAUGCUGGCGACUGGUCUAUGCCCUUCAGAGGCCACGCCGAGUAUGCACCGGAGCACGGCCUCUGGUUUGCCCUCUCGGACGGCGAUGCUCGGCUCUGCGCCGUCAGUGUGGCUGACCUUGAGCUCACGCCCACGGUGUGCCGGAACCUGUGGGUAGACGACACGCCUGUCCCUGAGGGGUGGAUCCCGACGGUGUCCCGCAUCUUGCCGCUAGGCUCUGCCAAGUUCUGCCUCGUGAGGCUCUCGCAAAAGGAUCAGCGGGGCAAGACGGUACAACAGCUCUGGAGAAGCAAGGUCCAGACAUGUGUGGUGCUCGCUGGCUUGGAGGUCCUCAAGCAUGACGACGCAGCAGCUCUCCACAUUGUGAAGCACAAGUCCAAAACCUACCGAUUCAGAGGCGAUGAGGUCGAACUGCUGUGAUAAGGGCAUCUCCAACCGGGCGACCAAAACGGACGCGCUGGGCCGUCUGUUUUGGGCCGUUUAGGUGGUCGCGCGGACGGAGCCCCGCGUCCUCGCGUCCGUUUGGGUCGCGCCCUGCGCCCAACGCAGCGGCCACACAUUUGGCCAUUUGGCAUAUUUCUUUGAGAAAUAGGUCAUCUGGCCACGCAUCCUUAUAAAUAGUAUCUAACAAACAUAGAAUAAUAUCUUGAAAUUAUAGAAUAAUAUCAAAUAAACUGUUGCAUGAUGAAGAAAUGAAAUGUGGCAUAGUUCGAAGAAAUAUAAAAAUUACAAAUUGAGAUUGUCAACUCAAUUUGGGCGCUCUAGGAUCUCCUUCCGCCUCUUCUCGAACCAAGCUCUCUUCGCCUCGCUCAUGUUGGUCAAGUCGGUGUUCAUGAUCAGGUUGUCCUCGGCUUGCCGUUUGAGCUCAACUUUCCUCGCCUUCAACUCCACCUCUUGGGCCCUUGCCAUUGCUAGGAGCUCAAUUUCUCUUUCUUUGAUCUCAAUUUCUCUAGCUUUGGUCUUGGCCUUGAUCUCUUCAAUCUCAAGCUUCUUCUUUUGGACAUCGAAGUACUUCUUCGUGUCCUCUUCUUUCUCCUGGCGCCUCCUCUCAUCCCUCUUGUCUGUGGACACCUCUCUGUCCGCAUGCAUCUCCUUCAAAGUGUCAAACAAUAGCAUGGACGAGGCAUCACACUUCAAGUCGGCUUUGGUUGCCUUGUGGCCGCGUGGACGACUUGCACGAGAAGUGGAGCUACCGCAAGGCUGCCCACCAUCAAGGUCAAUGACCGUGGGAUCUUUGGCGGUCUUGUUGCCAGUCAAGGUCGCCAUGUACCCCUCGAACCCCUCCUGGAACUUGGGGGUGCCAUGGAGUUGCUUCCAACAAUGAGGGAAGGUAAAGGUCUUGUCUCCAUUGUUGCCUUUGUACCAUUCCAAAGCUUGCCACACCUAGAGCAAAGCAAGACAACAAUGAUAAACAUAUGUGCAAACAUUGGAUGACUAAUUUGAGGUUUAAGAAUCAUACCAAGUCCUUCACACCCAUCCCACUAACGGGGAUCCGCUUCACGUGUUCAUACGCCGCCUGAAACUUGUUGCAUUCCGUUUGAAUUGCUCCCCACCUCUUUUGGAGCGAUAGCUCGCUGCGGUCGCUCUCAAAUGGCUCAUGUCCGUAUUUGCGAUGUUCAUGGAAGUAAUCAUGGAUCCGGCGCCAGAAUGCGGUCCCCUUCUGCUCGGCACCCGUCAAUGCAUAUUGCCCGAUGGUCAACCAUUCAUCAACGAGCACCUUGUCCUCCUCCGUGUAGUUGCUGGUUCUUUUGCUUACGCGGCGACCUCCAGCUUGUGCAGCUGCGGCUUGCGUGAGUUCCUGACCGAACAAUGGCUCGUCGUCGAUGUUAAUGCUGUCGGGAUAGGCAGUGCUGUCCUGCUGUGUGGCAAUGGGAGGU